AUGCGGCCAGCGCGCGGCGACGGCGCCAUGCAGCGGCUGCUGCGGCUGGUCUCGUCGACUGCGGCGACGUUGGCGCCGCAAGCGCAACCUGUGGAGCUCUCCAUGCUGGCCUGGGCCUUCGCGACGUUGCUGCAGGCGCCGAAGACGCUACUGAUAGCGAUCGCCAACGAGGCGACGCAGAAGAUCGAAUACUUUAGCGACAAGGAUAUCUCCAACACCAUGUGGGCGUUCGGCAAGCUUGAGUUCCGCUUCGACCCCUGGAUUUCGGCAAUGGUCCGAGAAGUCUUUGGGCGGCUGCCAGGCCUUCGCGCACAGCACGUGUCGAACAUCGCGUGGGCGCUCGGGAACCUCAUGGUGAAGAGCGAGAACAGGGUCGGCCUGGACUGCUUCCGCCUCCUCUCCGAGGUGGCCACCUCCGUGUCCGGCCGCAUGGGGGACUUCGACCCGCAGGCCCUGAGCAACAUCGCCUGGUCGAUCACGCGGCUCGGGAUGUCCGGGUGGGGCGGGGGGGUCUUCAUGGACCGGCUGGCCGUGGAGGUUCGCGAGAAGUUGGGCAAGUUCCCUUCGCUGGACAUCACGAACGUCGCCUACGCCCUUGCGAAGGUCGGGCGGCCGCUGCCCGAGCUGGUCCAGGCCAUGCGGCACGAGUCCGCAGGACGGCUUCAGGAGUUCUCCUCCGGCGAGGUUGCAAGGCUCACCUGGUCGUUCUCCCAGCUGGGCGGGUUGGAGUCGGGGUGGCUGGACGCGGCGACGCGGCGCUUCCUGGAGCGCGGCGGCCCGCGGCGGCCCGAGGAAGGCGAACUCCGUCCAGGGCAUCGGCGGCGGCCAGCCAGGGGCGGCGGAGGCCUUGUACAGGUCGUGGCGCUGGUUCGUGGGCGUCAUGUCGGCCUCUUCGCCCAAGUUCGCCGAGCUGCACGGAGACGAGCUCCUCUCGGGCCGGUACCAGCGCGACUCCGUCUUCGGUCGCGCAGGGAGGAUGGCCGCGAGUUUGAGUAUCGCGUCCUCGCUGUGUCGUCCUCCGGCGGCGGGCUCCAGCCUUGUGGAUCACGUGCGGAAGGUCUCCAUCGGCCUAGAGACCAUGGGGCCGUUGACCGCGCCGCACGUCGGCAUCAUUGCGGCCGCCCAGGCCAUAUGUGA